AUGUACCAACAUAGUAAUAAGAAAUGUUUUACAAUCGAGUCACUGGUUGGAAAAGACGCAAAUUGUUCGCCAGCGGUGGACGAACCCAUCAGACCGACAGCCUUGAGGUUUACGGAAUCAAUUCACUCCGCGCCCUUUGGGAGUUGCUUUCAAAACUCCAGCAGGGCUUUGUACAGUAGUCCAGAUAUGAUGUUCCCAGAGCCGGGGACACACACGAACAAUUCUGGUUUGCCGCUGCAUCAGCUUCAGAUCCCAUCGCAGCCUUUCUUCAAUCCGCACCAGAGAGAAACCUUAAAUUUCUAUCCGUGGGUUCUACGAAACCGAUAUCUCGGACACAGGUUCCAAGGGGAAGACAACAGUCCAGAAAAUCUCCUCCUACACGGAGCUUUCUCCCGUAAGCCCAAGCGGAUCCGUACCGCAUUCUCCCCCUCCCAGCUCUUGCGACUAGAGAGAGCCUUUGAGAAAAACCAUUACGUGGUAGGUGCUGAGCGCAAGCAACUUGCCAGCGGCCUGUGCCUAACAGAAACACAGGUGAAGGUUUGGUUCCAGAACAGACGAACCAAGCACAAGCGCCAGAAGCUGGAGGAAGAAUCCCCUGAGUCUCAACAGAAGAGAAAAGGCAGUCAGCAUGUCAGUCGCUGGAGGGUUGCCACCCAACAGAACAGCACUGAGGACAUUGACGUGAUCUCAGAAGACUGACCACAUGACUUUGUGAGGUUGUCAACAUGCUACAGGGUCUCUGCCACCAAUCACCUUCUCACAUGCAGGUCUCAAAUAACAGGGGCCUUAGGCAGAGUUUGGUCCAAUCAUUUUAAACCAGGGAGCUCCACAAAUACUGAAAUGUAAUGGUCAAAGUGCUGAAUGUCAAUGUUGGACACCUUUCAGAAUCAACAUUUAAUUUGAAUGGAGUUUCGACUCUUACUUUAUGGACUAUUUCUUGGACUGAGAUGCCUAACCCAACACACAGUAGAUGGACAUCAUGAACAGUUGAUAAAAACUGACUGAUAUGACAUUGUGUGGAUGUUGAAGAGACAUUGUCAAAGUGUACAUCAACUCUUGGACUGAAGCCAGCCUGGACUAUGGACACUAGAUUUAUUUGGCCUGUUGCUAUGCAGUGGCAUCACAGCCCUACCAAACUUAUGAAGAGACUAUUUUACUGCAACAUCCAUCUACCAUGUUAUCUAUGUACAAGAUUCUUCCUUAAGUUGCUUAAUCACACAAUAGUAACAUUGGAAGAGCCACCGAAAAUGUAUAAUUCUGCAAACAACUACAAGUGGGCUGGAUAAUUUGAUCAGACCCACCCAGAAAAGCUAACUGCAUAUUAUUAAUAUUAUAUGUGGUAUAUUAUACUUGGAAACAAUUUGACUCUCACUGAAUCCUUUUGGCAGUUAAACGUAUUAUUUAUGUAAAUUGAGAAAAUGUAUUCUAUGCAUCUGAUAUGUAUAUAUUUUGUUCAUGUUUAUGUUUUUUGUUUUGUUUUUGAACAGGUGUUUAAAAGGUCUAAAGCCAUGGUCUGUGUGCUCAUUUAUAAUUAGUCUAUAUGCCUUUGGCAUUCAUUCCAGCCUCCAGACUAUUGCAGAAUGUAGAGCCUAGUGAAAAGAAAUGACCAGUUACAUCACAAUGACAUGGGGGAAAACAACAUUUACCUCUACUGUACAUUUAUUUCCACAACCAUAAUCAUACCCGGAACAUCUUGUUAUGUAGCACUUGGUAGUGAAAUAUUAUUUUAGUUUUCUAGAUGUUAGA